AUGUCAUCGGACGACGACGAGUCGUCGUACGGCCCCCAUGGACACCUCUGUGAGUGUGGACACUAUCACCAUGACUUUGACGACACGGACGACAGCUACUAUGGGAACGAUGACGACUCUGACGACAGCGACGCCAGUGUCAGUGGCGAGAUCAGCAAGACGCUACCAUCAGUACAGAAACAAUUACAGGAUAUGUUCAGGUCGAUGACAGAGAGGGCGCAGAACAUAAAGGAGGUUGACUCUGAUGAUGAUGAUGACAACUACUCAUCCGAGGACUAUGAGGGCGAUUACAGCGACUCUGAUGACGAUCAACUGCCAAGAAACAGAGUAGCUGAAAAAGAGCUGCUUUCAAAGAUCCAGGCCUUUGUGUCCACCUUCAAGGAGCCAGCCAAAAAGACUGCUGCCACAACAAGCAAGCCAGCCGCCCCACUAAUCAACAACCUUCCCUCUUUGAACCCUAUCCUUCCGUCGUCGGUGCCAGUGGGCCUUCCUCCUCUCAUACCUGCGACUGCUCCUUCCCCAGUGGUACCUGCGACCAACCCAGCCAUGCCAUUUGGUAACAUCCCUUCACUUCUCAAACCAGCCGCAACUGUACCAACGGCUAGCAUCCCUCCACUCAUCCCAGUGAGCAGCCCUCCUCCUUUAUUUGCCCCGGCCGACAUCCCUCCAUUGAUACCUGUGAGCAGCCCUCCUCCUUUGGUUGCCGCGGCCGCCAAUAUACCACCACUAAUCCCUGUUGCCAGUGUCCCAUCGGCCUCUGUCAGCAAACCCUCUCCAGCUCCUGCUGUUCCUUUUGGCGACAUACCUCCCUUGAUGCCCGUCACUACCCCUCCUUUUGUACCCGUAGCAAGCACCACUGUAUCCACUAGCAGCCCUCCAACUUUGGCCACCCCAUCCAGUAUCCCUCCAUUGAUCCAUGCGAACCCUCCUCCAUUGGUUGCUAGCAUCCCUCCAUUGAUCCCUGCGAGCCCUCCUCCCUUAGUUGCCGCGUCCAGUAUCCCUCCACUCAUCCCUGUAAGCAGCCCUCCUCCUUUGGUUCCCGCGGCUAGCAUCCCUCCACUCAUCCCAGUGAGCAGCCCUCCCCCUUUGAUUGCCGAAACUAGCAUCCCCCCAUUGAUCCCUGUGAGCAGCCCUCCUCCUUUGGUCUCUGCGUCCAGUAUCCCUCCAUUGAUCCCUGCGAGCAGCCCUCCUCCAUUAGUUAAAAGAGGCCAGCAUUCCUCCACUUGUCCCAGCCAGCGCUCCAACUUCCUCAGUCAGCAAACCUUCACCAACAGUUCCACUUGA